AUGGAAUCACUUUCAUCAUCAAGCGACGACAGUGAUAGCACCAAGGCACUGACUUCCCAGGAUAAUAAGAAGAAGUCCUCCAAGAUACCGCUCUGGCUGCAGACGCAGGCUUAUAAAAUCCGACACAGUCGAACUCGCCAAUGUCUAAUCGCGUUCUUCUUUACCAUCAUCAUCGUACUUUUGGCAGUUUUGGUAUGGCUUGAUACCAGUGGCCGCUUACAUGAAGUAUUCAAGAAAACAACCCCUCUACAGCUAACUCAGGGGUCCUAUCUUGGCGAAGUCGUACCACAGAGCGCCAAAUACCCACGCAGCGUGGAAGCAUUUCGCGGAAUACCAUAUGCACAAUCGACAUCUGGUGAAAACCGCUUUAGACCCCCUCAAUUGUUGAAUGGAACAGGAAGUCGCAACAAUGUUCAACGUGCUCUUAGUUUCGGACAUAGGUGUCCACAAAAUGGAGGCGGCAGCGACCAAGGCGAAGAUUGUCUGAACUUGAAUAUCUACAGGCCUCAUUUUGGUGAUGAUCCAGACACUGCGACCGUCGAAAUGAACAAGCAAGGUGUCAAUGGCACGAAACUACCUGUCGUUAUUUAUGUUCACGGCGGCGCAUUCAAUGGUGGGAGUGGUUCGGAAAGAAACAUGCUGAGUUUUGUUGCAUGGUCAGAGACACCUCUCAUUGGAAUGAGUUUCAACUACCGUCUUGGAGCUUUGGGGUUUCUGCCAAGUGGAAUAACCGCGAAGGAAGGCUUGCUCAACUUGGGGCUCAAAGAUCAGCAGGCCUUUUUCCAAUGGGUGCAGAACAAUGUAGCCGAUUUUGGCGGAGAUCCCAACAAUGUCACGGUGAUGGGUGUAAGCGCUGGCUCUCAUUCGAUCGGACAUCACUUGAUAUCGUACUCUCCUGCGAACAAGUUGAGUUCUGGACCUCCCCCUUUUCAGAAAGCGAUCCUCGAAUCCGGUGGAUCGUUAGCUCGUGCUACCUUCGUCCCUACCCAUCCACUCCAUGAGAAGCAGUUUCGAGAUUUCUUAGACCUGUGUGGACUUAGCAACACAACUGAUGACAAAAUAUUCGAAGAGCUUCGGGCUUUACCCUUGAGCACUAUUGCCACUGCGUCUAGUACGGUAUUCGGGCGCUAUAAUCCGAGUUUACGCUGGCCCUUUCAACCUGUCAUUGAUGGCCCUGGGGGUAUAAUACCAGACCUACCCAUUAUUUCUUGGCAAAAAGGAAAUGUUUUGCGUAUUCCAAUCUUGACGGGCUCUAACACGAACGAGGGUGCCAUAUUUGUUCCAUCACGAGCCAAUACUUCGUCGGCAAUGGAUAAUCUCAUGUCUGCGAUCCUUCCGGCUCUAAACAAAACCGAAUUAGACACUCUAGACACUUUGUACCCUAACCCCACCACAGCCACUGGACAGAGGUUGUACGUUACUCAACCACCUAAUGGGUUUGGGUCCCAGUUUUGGAGGCUUGACGACGCCUACGGACACUAUGCAUAUAUCUGCCCCGUGCUUCAGGCAGCGCAUUUGGCUUCCACUGCAGAGAACGCUAGUCCCGUCUACGCAUAUCAUUACGCCGCCCGAUCCAAUGGUCAUGGUAGUGCAGACCAUGGUGACGAGGCCCCCAUUGUGACACAUGACAUGGAUGUCAUUGGCCAAUAUCCGGGUGUCGUCAAGAUGGCAGACGCGAUGAAUGGUUAUUGGAGCCGGUUCGCCGUUACAGGUGAUCCGAAUUCAGGGGCGCGCAGUAAUGAUACGAAUAGUGUGGUGUGGCCGAAAUUCGUCAGCCCAUUUCUCAACAAUACCGCUGCUACCAAAGACGCAAAGACAGUGAUGACCUUUGGUCAGGGCAACGAUGAACGGAUGGGGGUGCGCGGACGUCAAAACCAGGGCAUCGCGGCGCAACUGGGCAACGUGACUGAACGAACACAAGACGAAUGCCACUUCUGGUGGGAUAACGUACUCUUCAGUGAGGGGUUCGGAACUGGCACCACGAGUUUGACGAGUAAUCAGACCACCAAAGCAAGUUCAUAG